UUGGCGAGCCCGCACGGAGUGAUGUCACUUGCUGUGCGCGUGCAGCUGAGCGGUUCCUUUUCCCUCCAAAUUAGCCCGACGGUUGGAUUUGCUCCUUUGAUGCUAACGCCAAACAACGACGACGUUGUGUGUGUUUUUUUUGAAGUUUAUAGCGGUGUUUUUAUUUUUUGGGGCUUUUUUUCCAACAUGUACUCUGGACGGAACUUCUGGAACGACAGUUUAGUCUGUCAGGUCUGCCGCUCCAAAUACAGAAAGUUCCAGGAUUUCAAGAGCCAUAUCAGGUCAAUCAGUCAUCGACAGAAAAUGAAUGAAGUAUUCCAGACAGAAUCACCUGACUGUUACAGCUAUCUUCCCAACAUUGUCAUUAUAGAUGGAGUCACCCGACAGAACAGUCUACAACCCUUCCUAGGUCUUCAACUGCUGACUGUCUGUUUUAAUCCCGGAGCGAACCGCAUUUUUUACCUGUGCCACAUCUGUGAAGAAAUGUUGCCGGACACUCGGAUAGUAUCUCACCUUACCUCCGUUUGCCAUAAAGUCAACUACUGUAACUACACAGAUCCAAAUAUGCUUGGAUUCUCCUGGAUGCCCGGCAAAGACUUAAGGGUCAAUCUAGUUAGGCGGAAAAUGACAAAUCUGUCAGGACAGAUCCAGAUGUUGAAUUUGCCUGAAAAGCUGUUUGCAUUGUACAAAACGUAUAGCUACUCUCAAGUGAUGCACUCUCUCAGUGAAUAUGACAGUCUUCCCAAGCUGCUGGAAGACCCUGGGCAAAAGAGGGUGACUAUACGAGAGUACCAAGCAGAUGCCCAAAGAAAGUAUCCACUUCUUGGCAUGCGGCACCUUGUUGAAUGCACGUGUAAGGAGACUGAGAGGACGCAUUACCUAUGCACCCUCUGUGAACAGACGCUGGCCGCCCACGCUGUCAUCAAACACGUCCUGAGCUUUGACCACCUCCAAUGUUACUUUAAAGCCACUUCCCCCUCCACCCUGCUGCCCGAGCAGUGUUCCUCGUCUGACUUCAUGUCUAAGAUGCUCAGUUUGGCAAAGAAAGCGGCGAAGGAUCACAGAGCUGCGCACGCAAACAUUAAGCAACUGAGUGUGGAGCCUGAUGUUUUUGCAUCAGUCAGUAACUCCUGUUACAAAGCCGCUUUGAACAUCAUCCCAUUGGAAAAUGAUGGUGAUAGCUUGAAAACCUGCGUGGAACCUGUGGCCCCACUGGAUACGUCUGCUCCGACGUACAAAAUACGUUGUCAGAACUGUGCCAGAACCUUUGAGCAAGAAGACAAUUAUUUUCAGCACGUGCGAGCUUACUCCCACAAAAUGAUGAAGAAACUCUGGAGUCGGGAACAGGGUAAUAACACCAGCAACCACAAGGCCACAGCUGAAAGUGCAGACAUCUCAGAAGGUCAGAAACAAGUUCAGGAUCUACUCCAGGAACUCCAUGGCAGCUUGGCUCCAGGUGACCUCACAAGUCAAAGCAGCGCUUUGGUUUCAUUGGCCAUUUUGGCCCCACAUGCCGAUUGUACGUAUGUGUGUUUUUUUUUCCCCCCAGGCAUUUCCCUGCUGGUGAUGUGUAACAUCACGGACGCAAAGACGACCACGGUCGUUUGUGUCUGCUUCGCUUGCGAAGAUGCUUUCCCCAAGGCGCUGCUUCAAGACCACUUGCACUCACCAAAACACCUCGUACAAACACUGUUCUAUCUGAAUCCCUGGCGAUUACCGUUUGCCUGGCAAGAAGCUCCAGACCUCCAGUUCCUGGAGUCGCUGGUGGUGACGGAAGAGAAGGAAAGGGGAUGGAAGCAGACCAUUCUUCGGGUGAUGGAUGUGCCUGCCUCGGCGUUGAAUGACCUCAGCCAGUUAAGUUUCAACACAGUGUUGGAGAGAUUUGGGCCUCACCACGAAAUCCUGAAACGAAACAUUCCGCCUUCCCACACGUCUCUCGGAGGCAAGCGCUUGCCUCUGCUGGGGUCUGCCUUUCUGGUGAUGCACGACUCCUACGACGAGUCCCGCCAGGUCACGACCGUUUCGGGUCUGUGUCUGCUGUGCGAGAAGCGACUGACUCAUACGGAACGCUCCACUCACAUUUUCAGCUUGCAGCACAUCCGGAAGUAUCUCGUGCAAUGCAACCCUGAUCUGGUACCCUUUCCCAACGAUACGAGAAUACUGCUGAACCUGGCAAACAAGGCUGCUGCCAGUCACGGUGUAUCACAUGUGCAGGAAGUGAAGUUGCAGAGGCCGCUGACGGAACCUUUCACAUUCAACACAGCAAGAUGGAUCUUGAUGCGCCAAGGUGCCUUUCACCCUGCAAUCGUACCUGGAGUACUAUUGAUCCCUACAGAAACCCAGAUGGCACGCAAGCAAGGGUACAAGUCGACAACACCUGACCCUUGGAAGAGUCAGAACGUGAAGUCUGGCACAGCUGAUGAAGGCCGCGUUGAGAAAGCGUCAGCGACCUCUAUGAAGACUGAUUGGCAAACUAACGAGAAGCCAAAAAGCUGCCACAUUCCGGCUAAAGCUGAGGUGAAAAAAGGACCGAGCAAACAUGUCCAAAUGAUCACCAGCCGAGUCGGUGACCGAAAAAGGUCAAACGCCAUCCGGCAGACAGCAGACAGCUCCGAAGACACGCCAUGUGAAGGAACGCUGAAGAUGGACACUACAGCCAUCAAGGACAAAGAAUCAAAAGCAGUGAUCAGUAACGUCUCGGAUGCAAAUCUUGCGCAGGAAAUGGCCCAUAAGAGACGACGACUCGACUCCCAAGAGAAUGCACCGUGUGAAGGAAAGCCAAAGAUGGGUGCGCGGAUCAGUGAACGCUUUGACCCCCAUAUGGCACCUGGAGCUCAGCAGCAUACUAAAAAGGAAACUACCCUGACGUCUGAGCCCCGAGAAACCCAUGUGACUCUUUCCAAAAGCACAUGCAGCACCAAAGUGACCCCGUUGACCAAUACGACCACUUCCAAAUUGCCGACAUCUGCGGCAGGUACAUUUGGAUUCACAAGCAGCCCGAAAUUGAUUGACGCCAAGGCAUUGACUAUAAAUGUCGACAAAAACACAGCCAGCGUCGCCCACAAAACGAGAGAAUGUAACAAUUCCUCCAGCACCGCGCUGAAUGUGGCAAAAACCCAAAGUGCUUCCAAGUCUGCAGCAAACACCAAGUCCUCAGUACCUAUCACCAAAUCCACAUCAAGCACGCCCAACGCAGUCUGUGCUGCGACAAGCUCUCAUUUCACCGCAGCAACAAUGGCUGCCACCAAGCCAACUGCACCCACCACCAGUUGUAAUACAACAUCCAUAACCAAGAACACGGCACCUACUACCGAUGCUGCAGUGACGUCAGCCUCCACUAAGACCAUACCAACUACUCUACUGGAUUUCAGUAGUGUGACUGCAACAAACUACAAUGCAACUUCAAACGUAACCAAGAACGCGGCACCUACUACCGAUGCUGCAGUGACGUCAGCCUCCACUAAGACCAUACCAACUACUCUACUGGAUUUCAGUAGGGCGACUGCAACAAACUACAAUGCAGCUUCAAACGUAACCAAGAACGCGGCACCUACUACCGAUGCUGCAGUGACGUCAGCCUCCACUAAGACCAUACCAACUACUCUACUGGGUUUCAGUAGGGUGACUGCAACAAACUACAAUGCAGCUUCAAACGUAACCAAGAACACGGCCCCUACUACCGAUGCUGCAGUGACGUCAGCCUCCACUAAGACCAUACCAACUGCCACUAGUAGCACAAAAUCCAGUUUCGUGAUUGCAAAGGCGACAAAGACCGCUGCGCCGACCGCUUCCUGUGAUGCAACAAGUCUGCAACUGUCUGCAACGCCUACCACCGGUUCGAUCACAACUUCCUCUCCAGCAGCAACAACCACCAAGUCUGCAACAAGCCAUCAAAGGACUGCACCGCCGAGCUCAGUCGCUAAAGCUCCACCCACAACGUCUCCAUCACGACACCAGAAAGCACCAGAAGGCAGAACAGGAGCGGAGGCCGCAUCGAAUGAAACGCAACCCCACCCUCGCAGAGCAUCCACGGGCACGUGUGAAGUCCCUUGGGGAACUGCACAGGGGGAAAGGAGAAGUUCGGAGAAAUCCACACACACGAUCGUCACGCUUGGAGCGACUGCAGAUCGAAGUGAAAAUGCUAAGAAAGUACUUGUGAAGGACACCGGGGGGUCUAAUUCGGAUGCAGAACCAAGUAUGCAGAAGAGUAACCUUUGUGCCAGACAGCCAAUCAAAGCCAAGCCAUCACAAAGCAAGGUCAAGCCAAGUCUUCCUAAAAUUGGCUUAAGCUACAUAGUUGUGGUGAACAGCGAAGGAAGGAAGCAGUCCUACUGCACUUUGUGCCGCAUCCGAUUGGAACGGUCUAGUCACCCACUGGAAAACUUUCAUCAGUAUAACUAUGUGAAAUUAAGGUUCCCGGACUUGAAUGAUGAGCAGAUGAUGAGCAUCAACAUGGAGAUGUUUGUGAGCAGCAUGGCUACGGUAGAAAAGUGCGUGGGACUUCGGUCCAUCCAGACGAUAGACGUGACAAACGACCAAUACAAUGAGCUGUCUGAUCUUCCAGAAGCCGAAGCUUUACACAGAUUAGAAACUGACUUCCGAGUGCCACCAUGCUCCAAGAAUAGCACUUCAUUGGCUUUAAGACGACGGGUUUCCACUUCCCCGUCACAGGACUUUUCAAGCCCAGAAUAUGACACGCUACAGGACAGGUUUGAGGCCAUUACAGAGUCCGACACUGAAGUCAAGGCCCAAACUCCUGCAGAAUUAGACUUAGAACCUGAACACACCAGCGUUGCUCUUCCACUCGCUGACCCGGAGCCUGCUGAAGCAACCGAAUCCCGAGUGGAAAUGGACACAUCCAAACAGCAGCAGGGGAUUGGAGAUUGCGGUUUUAAGUCUGCCAAGGCGACUCAGGAAGGCUGUAAUGACCGGUCAACAUCUGCAUCCCUGGGACCAGAUCCGUCUCCAGCUUCAAUGACCACAAAGGAGCGGAAUCUGGAAGUCUCUGAUGAGAAAUUACCAUCAUUGUUUCUGGUGCCGGAUCAGUCUGCUGAUUCUGUGACCAGAGAACAACCGAAUCUGGAAGUCUCCAAUGGGAAGUCCUCAUCAGUGUUGCUGGUACCGGACCCACAUCCUGCUUCAGUGACCAUAGAACAACAGAAUCUGAAAGUCUCCAAUGGGAAGUCCUCAUCAGUGUUGCUGGGACCGGACCCACAUCUUGCUUCAGUGACCAUGGAACAGAAUUUGGAAGUCUCCAAUGGGAAGUCAUCAGUGUUGCUGGGACCGGACCCAGAUCCUGCUUCAGUGACCAGAGAACAGAAUUUGGAAGUCUCCAAUGGGAAGUCAUCAGUGUUCCUGGGACUGGAUCAGUCUGCUGCUUUAGUGACCAGAGAACAACAGAAUCUGAAAGUCUCCAAUGGGAAGUCCUCAUCAGUGUUGCUGGUACCGGACCCACAUCCUGCUUCAGUGACCAGAGAACAGAAUUUGGAAGUCUCCAAUGGGAAGUCAUCAGUGUUCCUGGGACUGGAUCAGUCUGCUGCUUUAGUGACCAUAGAACAACAGAAUCUGAAAGUCUCCAAUGGGAAGUCCUCAUCAGUGUUGCUGGGACCGGACCCACAUCCUGCUUCAGUGACCAGAGAACAGAAUUUGGAAGUCUCCAAUGGGAAGUCAUCAGUGUUCCUGGGACUGGAUCAGUCUGCUGCUUUAGUGACCAGAGAACAACAGAAUCUGAAAGUCUCCAAUGGGAAGUCCUCAUCAGUGUUGCUGGGACCGGACCCACCUCCUGCUUCAAUGACCACAAAGCCAUGUAAUCCAGUUGGAAGCUGCCAGAAUGCUGAAAGACCGUCCAGUCUGUAUGAAUGUAACCAGGGAAGAGAUGCCCCCUCCCAAGUGCCCCCUCUUUCAGGCAAUGCAAGUAAUUUGCGCACGUUCUUGUGGGUGAGGGAACGGUCCAGACAGCCAAUCGUAGGUCUGUCGACUGUGUACGAGUGUCGUGGUGCGUCUGGGGAUUCGCUCUACUUGUGCAAGACCUGCAGUCAGAAACUCCGCGUCAGUGACAUCUGCCAGCAUGUGGUCGGCUCGGACCACCAGGUGAACUACAUGCUAAGAUCAUAUCCUCAGUUUAUGGAUAGAUUUUGGGGUGAUAAUGAUCUGCAACCAGAGAUGAAAAUGGAACUCUUAAAGGACGUCGCUGAUGCGGUCUCCAGGCAAGAGCAAUCGAAGGGGAUGGAUGCAAAGGUGUGUUUUCUCCUUCAAGACGUGUAUGACUAUGUUUGGACCGCACCCUUCGAUGAAGCUCUUGACGUCCUGCAGAACGGACAGCCUGUCAUCGCAUUGACGCAAAACGAAAGAAGCCAGAAAUCAAAAGAACGGAUUGGACAUUUGGAUGUGAAUGUCAUUCAGUCCGUGGAGCCUUCACUCUCUGCAGCUAGCAUGUCCCCGGGUCCCUCAGACAUAGAAGGACACAGAAGGUCCAUUUCAAGUCCCAUCUCCAAUACAACACCUGUUGUAUUGCCACAGUCCACUUCAACGUAUGCGCCUAUCUCAAGGACACCACCUGGGUCUCGACAGGUUAAAGAGGAAUGGGUGCCCACGGAGUGCGGGGUGCCCACGGGGCGCGGGGUGCCCACGGGGCGCGGGGUGCCCACGGAGUGCGGGGUGCCCACGGGGCGCGGGGUGCCCACGGGGCGCGGGGUGCCCACGGGGCGCGGGGUGCCCACGGGGCGCGGGGUGCCCACGGGGCGCGGGGUGCCCACGGGGCGCGGGGUGCCCACGGGGCGCGGGGUGCCCAUAAGCGUCUCAAAGACUCAGGCUCAACUGAAAAAUGAACCGGCCCUGGCAGAAUCAGCUGAUCAUGGAGAUCUGCCCACGGAGUGCGGGGUGCCCAUAAGCGUCUCUAAGACUCAGGCUCAACUGAAAAAUGAACCGGCCCUGGCAGAAUCAGCUGAUCAUGGAGAUCUGCGCACGGAGUGCGGGGUGCCCGCAGAGUGCGGGGUGCCCAUAAGCGUCUCUAAGACUCAGGCUCAACUGAAAAAUGAACCGGCCCUGGCAGAAUCAGCUGAUCAUGGAGAUCUGGACAACCUCUCGAAAACAAAGCCUCGUUCUCAAGUGAAAGAUGAAAUGACGCUCUUGGAUUCCAGAUCGCCUCCAGCGACUGUUCCUGCGCCCAAGACGCCGCCUAGUUUGCGAAUCAAAGAUGAAUUAGUACUUUCGGACAGCGAGUCACCUGUAGCCGCUAUUCCCGUCUCCAAGACGCCCCCAAGAGUACAAAUAAAAAGUGAAUUGACGGCCUCAGAAUGCAGAUCAACACCUCUUGCUGAGAAACGGUCGAGUUCGGACCCUCUCGCAACCGUCGGUUCAAUUCGUCAAGAUGAAUACCUCCCUACCAGGAAGAGAAAAGCUCACAAGUCUCUCGGGGAACUUUUUAGAAUUUGGUCCAAUAAGAAGAAAAUGGAUGAUCCUCAGCCAGCCAAAUGUACAGGCCACUCCAAUGUUGAUCCUGUGGGGCGUCGUACCCUCGGUGAUCAAGAGGUCUCCAUGGUAGAAAUCCUCAACGCGGGUACCAAAACUGAGUCUAAGAAACAAAUUGCCGACAGCCCUGACAGCUCUUCCGCCACGCUUUCUGUUGCUACGACAACGACAACAUGGUGCUCAAAGUCUGUGCAGACCGUCUCCACCGCCGCUCAAGAUACCAAGGGAUUGGAUUCAUCGAGUUGCAAGUUUGAAAAUGAUCCGUCCACAAGACCCGUGUCGGGCGACAACGGCCCUUCACGGGUUUAUACAUCCAUACGAGAAAAUCCCUUGGUUAUUUUGACAGAAGACAACGCAACUGGCACGGACUCCGCCUGGCUGGGUGAUCUUCAACCCCAAAACCAGCUGAUUGAUGCUUGUGUGAAAACCAAGCAAAGUCUUGCUCAGCUACCGCAACCUCGAGGCAGCACAGACGACUCGGAAGCUUUUCUGUAUCAAAGCGCCGUUUGUGUGAACGGUAUCGGUACGGAGUCAAACCCUCAGGGAAGUGGCGCAACGGCAGGACCUACUAGGACUCCGCUACCAGACUUGGGGGGCUUUGGUUUCAGUUGGACCACAAAUGCUAACACAGUACCCACAGGUUACUCUGUGCCUAGUAACGCAGUACCCACAGGUUAUCCUGUGCCGAGUAACGCAGUACCCAUGGGUUAUCCUGUGCCGAGUAACGCAGUACCCACGGGUUAUCCUGUGCCUAAUAACGCAGUACCCACGGGUUAUCCUGUGGCUAACAGUAACGCAGUACCCAUGGGUUACCCUGUGCCUAGUAAUGCAGUACCCACGGGUUACCCUGUGACUAAUAACGCAGUACCCAUGGAUUAUCCUGUGACUAAUAAUAACGCAGUACCCACGGGUUACUCUGUGACUAACAGUAACGCAGUACCCAUGGGUUACCCUGUGCCUAGUAAUGCAGUACCCACGGGUUACCCUGUGACUAAUAACGCAGUACCCACGGAUUAUCCUGUGACUAAUAAUAACGCAGUACCCACGGGUUAUUCUGUGACUAACAGUAACGCAGUACCCACGGGUUACUCUGUGACUAACAGUAACGCAGUACCCACGGGUUAUCCUGUGACCGACAAUAACGCAGUACCCACGGGUUAUCCUGUGCCUAGUAAUGCAGUACCCACAGGUUACCCCAUUCCUAGUAACGCAGUACCCAGGGGUUACCCUGUGCCAAAUUCCAAUACUUCAUACGUGUCCCAAGACGGCCACUCAAGCGUCCCGCUGGCAACGAGGUGGUUGAACCCACAAAUGCAGCAUUGGAUCCAGCAGUACUCGACCUGGGCAGGACCAGUGCAGACCCCUGAAAACGUCACCAAUGGUGCCACCUACUUGUGUCCCGUUCCUUUUGCUGCCACGGUGUCGUACUCCAGCCAUUCCCUGCUGCUGCAAGACAUGAACGUGCACGGGAACUUGUCUUCAUCGCAGUACAAGACACCAUCACAGUUGCCUAAAAAGGACGGAGGUUGUUCCAGUGCUUUAUGACGUGUGUACUAUAUUUACAGUUACACUACCUGUCUGGAAGGAGAGACGCGCUCCGUUACUCCUUCCUUUUAAUGUUUUAUGUUGCACAUCAGAGUCUCGUGUUCUUUUGUAUUUUACAGUAUACACCUUCGCUGUGUAUGUUUACGUUGACGCACCUUAUUUUAAAGUAUUUCUGGAAAAUAAAUGGAACUUUCUAACGA